AUGUUGUUUGUUGUUGCAGGAAUUUGCUGCCUAACCACAGUCAGUGAAGUAUCAGUGAAGGCUGGAGACUCAGUCACCAUCCCCUGUCUCUAUGACAGAGCGUACAUAAACCACGUUAAAUACUUGUGUGAAGGAUAUUAUUGGAGUUCCUGCUCAUAUGCAGUUAAAACAAAUCAACCAGAUAGAUCAGGAAAAUUUUCCAUCUCAGAUGACAAAAACCAAAGAAUUUUCACUGUGACUGUGAAACGGCUGACGAAUAGCGACACUGAUUACUGGUAUGUUGUGGAGAUUAACGGAGGCUCAGACAUCGCACAUUAUUUUCACCUGUCAAUCACCAGUACGCCCAGUCUCUAUGUGGAUCGUCAGGAGGUGACAGGAAUUAUUGGAGAAAACAUAACCAUCAACUGUCACUACAGAAACACUGGAAUAAUGGGGUGGUGCAGGCUGGGAAAGAACUGUGUAACAGGGUCAUCUGGAUCAAUAGAUGGAACUAGAGUGACUAUCGAUGCACGGUCUUCAAAGGUUUUCACUGUGACUAUGAGUGAACUGAAGGCAGAGAGCAGUGGCUGGUAUUGGUGUGCCAUAGGAAACUUCCAAAUGCCAGUGCAUGUAACUGUUACUGGAAACCACUUCAGAAGUAAGUCCUCUAAGUGAUUCUAAAUUCUAAACAUACAUACUAUGCUGUUAACAACUGGACAAUAACUAUUCACUUCUCCUUUUUUAUUUUGAGCUAUUACAUUUUUUUUCUUCACAUAGUUGCCAAAGAUUUCUA